AUGGAUUGCAACCACUAUGUAAUUGUACUUAUAUUAUUAAUAAGCUGUCUAUUUGACUUAUCAAAAUGUGAAGGUGGUGAUCUUGGAUUUGGAGCAGAAUUCCCACUAUUGGGUGCUCUUUUCAGUGCUGCAAGUAAAGCCUUUGACAAAUUGACACCAGAUGAAUGUUACCAAUUAAAUAGACGUGGGAUUACUAGAGGACCUAUUGGAGUAAUUCUGGCUGCAUUGCCAUAUAAAUCUAACUAUCCAGUGAUUAUAUUUAAAGAUGGAUGGCAACAACCAGAUUACCUAAUUGCAGCAAUGUUAAUAGAGAUGUGGCACAGGUAUAGAGCUGCAGAAUCUCUAUUUGACCCUAAUAAAUAUAAAGGAGCUAGCAAGUUACUUGGGGCCCAGGCAUUUUGGGGAAAAAGAGAUGAUGGCGAAUCGGAUGACUUAAAUGUUGAAAGCCCUAGAUGGAGUGUAUGGUGGUCUCAACUUGGAGAUUUCUUUAGUGGUGUAAAUGAAUUAAUGGAUAUUUUGAUAGGUGGGACAAUCCCACUAUUUGUUUCAACACGUGGAGCUAAGUACAAUUCCAGAUUCUUGUUAUCAACCUUAAAUCUAUAUGCUAAAGAAAAACUUGAAACAAUAACAUAUCUUCGGGGGGGGACAACAAAAGAUAGUAGAGUAUGCUGUGGGGUUUGCAAUAAAAUCACUCCUGUAGGAGGAUCUCCAUCUCAUCUAGGUAUUUUUACUGAUGUUGAAGGAAGCAAGUCAUACUCUGCAUUACAUCAUUUACAAUUACUAUACGAUAAACUUGAAGAUAAGGAUUCUAGUGAAGAGGAAGUAUUAGAUUCACCUAUGGAUGAAUGGGCAUGGGAUUCAGAAUAUUCUUAUAUAGGAGCUUUUAUUAUAUAUGUCAGAAAACUCCAACAACGUUAUCACUCCACAUUCCAUUAUGCAAAUAGAAAUGGGCGUGUAGUUUGUGGUUUGCACAUAAAUGAUAUAACCAAAUCCGUAAGAAACUUGUUUGAUCUUGGAAGGAAAUCUAUGGUGAUUAAUAAUGAACAUGAUAAAAGUAACAAUGUGAAAAGUAGAGAUAAAAUAAGUCCUCCACCUUGGAAUGGUUCUGAUCAAAAAUGGAAAAAUAACCCAAAGUCUCAGAUUAUAAGCAUUUUGCAAUUUUUAGAUGAAGAAGAUUUAAAUACAACCAGUUGGGAUACUUUAGACUAUGUAAUUGCAGCAGCUUUUCAAUACCUUCGUAUCAGAAAACAUUUACAUCAGAUAUGGACUGGGGGCUGGUUACAUUAUCAGACAUCUCCCAAUAUCAUUAAGAAAAUAUUCAAAGCUAUUUUAAGACUUUGUAGAAUGGGUGGGAAACAUCAUGUAAUUUGA